GGGAGAGAAAACAAAAGGGAAAGUGAAAAAGAAAUGGUGGAGAAGAAGAGAAGAGAAGAAAGGGCAGGAAAGAAAUGGGUCUACGUCUCCGUAUUCGUCUCCCUCACAAAAGCUCUCCUCGUACCCCUACCUACCUCCUCCCUUGCGUUCUCGCCCUCUCCUUCUUCUCCUUCACCGCUCUUUUGGUCGAACAGGUUGACGACUUUGUAGCUCAGACAAAAACUCCUGCGGGACACAACUUGGAACCAACACCAUGGCACCUUUUCCCGCGUAAAUCCUUCAGCGAGGCGACAAGGCAUUCUCAGGCUUACCGCAUCAUCCAAUGUUCCUACUUCUCUUGUCCGUACAACGCCGGAGGCAAAACGGAGACUCCUCGGUGGGUUUCUUCUGGGUCGGCUCAUCUAAGGAAUCGACAGCAACAUCAGUGUCCGGAUUUCUUCAGGUGGAUUCACCGGGACCUAGAGCCAUGGUCGAAGACUGGAGUAACCGAGAAGCAUGUGGAGGGGGCAAAGGCCUACGCAGCAUUCCGGGUGCUGAUACUGUCGGGGAAGCUGUAUGUGGAUCUGUACUACGCCUGUGUACAGAGCAGAAUGAUGUUCACCAUAUGGGGUUUUCUUCAGCUGCUCAAGAAGUACCCGGGUUUGGUGCCUGAUGUGGACAUGAUGUUUGAUUGCAUGGACAAACCCAUCAUCAAUCGGACGGAGCACCGUUCUUUCCCGGUGCCACUUUUCCGGUACUGCACCAACGACGUCCAUUUCGACAUUCCAUUUCCCGACUGGUCUUUCUGGGGUUGGUCAGAGACGAAUAUAAGGCCAUGGGAAGAGGAGUUUGGAGACAUAAAGCAAGGGUCCAGGAGAAGAAGCUGGGACAACAAGAUACCGAGAGCUUACUGGAAAGGUAAUCCUGAUGUUGAAUCGCCUGUUCGUCUGGAGUUGCUGAAAUGCAACCAUUCAAGGCGUUGGGGAGCUCAGAUUAUGCGACAGAACUGGGUAGAGGAAGCAAAAGCUGGGUUUGAACAGUCCAAGCUCUCCAACCAAUGUAAUCACCGGUACAAAAUAUAUGCAGAAGGGUAUGCAUGGUCGGUGAGCCUCAAGUAUAUACUCUCAUGUGGUUCAAUGACACUGAUAAUCACACCCGAGUAUGAAGAUUUCUUCAGCCGUGGCCUCGUCCCAAAGGAGAACUACUGGCCUGUCUCUCCCACAGAUCUAUGUCGGUCCAUAAAAAACGCCGUGGACUGGGGCAAUGCCAGCCCCUCUAAGGCAGAGGCAAUAGGGAGAAGAGGGCAGGGUUACAUGGAAAGCAUAAGCAUGAACCGGGUGUACGACUACAUGUUUCAUCUCAUCAACGAGUACUCGAGGCUUCAGACAUUCAACCCGAGGAAGCCGUCCUCAGCUAAGGAGGUCUGUCCGGAAUCAUUGCUGUGCUUUGCGGAGCAGAAAGAGCGGGAACUGCUGGAAAAAUCAACGGCCGAGCUUUCCCGGGAUCCGCCAUGUAAGCUUCCAGAGGUAGAUAGUGAACUGAUGGAGAGAUGGAUUCAGCGGAAGAAGAAAACGAUUGAAGAUGUGAGGUCCAUGGAGAUGAUGAGAACAGAGGGUUCCACAUAGAUAUAAAGACUCUGUGGCAGAAUUUUUUUUUUCUUAUAACUUUGUUCACUAAAAACGCAAAAUGUUGAAGCCAUUUGAGAAUAAUGGAGAAGUUUUAGGUUGCAUAGAA